AUGAGCGACAUCGGAGCUGAUGGUGUACACAACAUCUCCGUGACCAUAGCAACUGCACAGACGACAAAUGUAUCCUUAACCCUGACGGUCUACGACGGCACGGUCAGCAGCGCGGCUCCCGUCAAGACUGAAAUAUCACGUGACUACCCUUACAGCUGGACGGUGCCCGCAUCUCUUUUGAUGACCUCAUCUGGGGUACACAACAAGACAUUCCGGGUGUCUUCUGUCGCCCCACUAGAAGUGAUGCUGCUAUACACCUCCUCCUCCUCCCCAUCUCCUUCUCCCUCUUCCUCUUUCACCUCCAGCCUCGUCCUCAUCAGCCCUGUGACGUUUCUCAAACAGUAUUACGUCAUAGAUACGUCAACGGUUGCGUCUCCGGAACUUCUCUACGACCCCAUAACGUCUGGUCAAGAUCCUGACCUCUCAGAAUCUGUUUCGUUUCUGGCUGUCGUGGCCGUAGAAGCUGACGUCACGACAGUUGUAACGGUCAAAUUCCCCAAUCGCCACUUCGUGAUAGAGCCGAUUUUCUCCGACUUCAGUGUUGGAAGCCCCCGGAAGACGCAAAGCAGCUUAGAGCAGUACGAGGCCUUGUACCUGAGAGUGCGACAAGAUGUGAGUGGAACCAUGGUGGAAGCCACGCACAAAGUGGCUGUGUUCGCCGGAAAUAUUCGGCGUCAGGAGCCAACUUCCGGUGUGUCUAAGUACACAUUACGUCAGACGAUGCCUGCGGAUCACAUAGCUAUGACGUAUGUGACUCUGCCGUCUUACCAUGACCCGGGGAGUUCACAGGAUGAUGUCAGCAUAGAUGAUCUCCUGAGGAUUCUGUCUGUGGAAAGUGAUACCACAGUUCAGAUCACCAGCUACAUAUCAGGCAACAGUUCCUCCGUUGCCAUGACAACCACCACCAUCAACAUCCCCGUAGCGACGACAAUCCAAGACGCCUUGGUCUCCCGCUCAGCCAUCAACGUCAUCACCAGCGACAAACCAAUCGUGGUCAGCAACCUCGGACCCUAUGACGUCAUCAGACACCUCCCAAUAGCAAGCGAUACGGACACAUGCGUGACCUCCUUACUCCCUCUUCAUCUCUGGUCAACAGAGUACCGAAUCCAACUGCCCAAGAGGUCAGGAGUCACGACAUGGCAGGCGAUAGACUUUCUCAUCGUCUGCGAGAACCCAGCAGGAUAUAAUGCAGUAGCUGAUCAACACGACUGCGGCCUCACUUUGAACGGCGAGAGUUUGAAUACUUUGGACUCGGCUUUUUCCGUGAGCACUCGGGCGUCUCCGGAGUAUUCUUCCGUCGGUAUCCGGCUUGACCAACAGUCGGUUCCUACGCCCACCAUGAUGUUUGUGAUCUGUUCGAGCUCUCCUAUGUCCGCGGUUGUCCAGGCUACUGGUCAGUCUGUCAGAGUGUGUUGCCUGGCUGGGAUAGACUGGACGUCCGAACCUACCACUAGUGUGGAUAUCGCAACAAUCUUCGCCACAGACCUCUCCUCUCUCGCUCCGACCGGAUACGACCUCUUCACUGACCAGCUGACCACUUCGCCAACAACCCCCGUGACCACAGCAACAACAACCGAUGACGUCAUGUGUAGCUGUGUGGCCCAAGAACAUAACAUAACUCAGGAAGAAAUUGACCAGCUCCAGGACAACAUCAAGGGAGAACUGGAACUGCCUUCCAAGAGCACGUCGGCUUAUAGACGCACCCUCAUAUCAGCAGACGAUGACCAGCGGCCGUCCAGUGCCGCCAUGGGCUACCUGGGUCACAGCGCGGACACAGAAACAGGCAUAUCAGGUGUGACCAGUGGUAGCCUACUACUAUUUCCUGUUCCUGUGAGACAUCACCACAACCUCAUGACAGUGAUCCCCACGGUAGUGACCCUGGAAGUUGCGCAUGUGGUGAAACAGAUCCGGGAGGGUGGAAGCAUGUUCAAUAUUUCAAUCCAUCAAAAGCAAGUUAUUCUCUUGUCUGCUGAUGUUUCAGGUUUGACAGAUAUCCCUGCUUUUAGUGAUGUGCCAGAGGCAGAGGUCUAG